CACACGAUCAGUCUUAGACAAGGCAUCCCUAGCUAAGAAAUGGGCGACCUUGUUCGCGGACCGUUUAACAAACAAAAAGCUGAGAUUAGCAAAAUCCCUAGCUAGUAAAAUUCUAAGAAUCAGAUUUGGACUACUAAACAGCAAAACGACAGCCGCGACUGAAACUCGACGCCGGUAGUUUCGGCUCUGAAAACUCACAAAUACAAAUCCAGCGAAGAUUAACAGAAAGAUGGCUCCAUCGAAGAAAGGCAAAAACAAAGGCAACUCAGCCACCGAGUCAACUCAGUCUACCCAAUCUCCGACCUCCAAAUACCCGGCUUGCCUCCGCGUCGUCGCUCCGUCCUCCGUCGCAAUAACCAUCCACGCCAAGCCCGGCUCCAAAAUCGCCACCAUCACUGAUUUGAGCGACGAAGCUGUUGGAGUCCAAAUUGAUGCGCCUGCAAAAGAUGGCGAAGCGAAUGCCGCGCUUCUCGACUACAUUAGCUCCGUUAUUGGUGUAAAACGAAGGCAAGUUUCCAUAGGUUCAGGGUCAAAGUCUAGAGAUAAGGUUGUGAUUGUGGAGGAAGUAAAUGUACAGACCGUCUUUGAUGCUCUGGACAAAGCUUCGAAGAGCCCUUGAAGUACAGCGCGCCAGAGAGGUUUUGAAGGAAUGCUCAAAACCUGUUAACCUAUGGAAACAUCUGCAGGUUGUUUGGAAUAUUGUGGUUGUAAGGUUAUGCUUAUAUCUAGACUAGAUUUUGAGGACAUCAUCGCCUGCUCAUAAUAUCACCAGAUUUGUAUCUUGUUUUGUUUCCUACUAACUUCAAUAUUUAUUCUGAUAGUAAUCAGUUGUUAUCACGGAUCAAAAAGAGCCAGAAUCAUGUGUAUUUGUCUAUUCUAAUAAGGAAAAUGAUAACUGAA